AUGGUCCAGAUUGUACCGUUUGCUGUGGAGCAAUGGAUGGACGAGUAUGAAACCACCGCAACAUACAACAUCGCAGAGACGUGCUGCGCACCCCUCUCGCUUGACGAUCUCUGUGCCCUGGCGCCGGAGGCACCCCAGACCCCGUUCUCAACCGCCACCAAGCUGACCUACGGCGCGAUUCGCGGCUCCAACGAGCUACGCUCCAACUUGGCCCGGCUGCUGUACACCGCUCCUCCGGGCGACGACGAGUCGUCGUCGUCGUCGUCGCGUGCGAGCCUGCCGCCUGAGAAUAUCUUGAUUACGCCGGGGGCUAUCAAUGCCAAUUUCCUGCUGCUCUAUACCCUCAUCCAGCCGGGGGACCAUGUUAUAUGCCACUACCCCACAUACCAGCAACUGUACUCUGUUCCCAGCUCGCUGGGUGCGGAGGUUAGUCUGUGGAAGACGCGCAGCGAUGAUGGCUGGAGAUUGUGUCUGGACGAGCUGAAGGCGCUGAUCAGGCCUAACACGAAGAUGAUUAUUAUCAAGUUGGUUCUCCUCGGGCUGCCUCCCCUUGUUUUUCUAGCAAACCCAACGGGGGCCUUGAUAGCAGCGGAUAUCCUCGCAGGAAUCGUCGACAUCGCCAGGCAGCACUCUCUCCUGCUGCACAGCGACGAGGUGUACCGGCCGCUGUUCCACGGGCUGGCGGACCGGCACGAGUGGCCGCCGUCGGUGCUCUCGUUCGGGUACGACAAGGCGAUCGCGACGGGGUCGAUGUCCAAAGUGUACAGCCUGGCGGGCAUCCGCGUGGGAUGGAUUGCGUCGGCGAGCACGGCGCUCGUGGAGCGGUGCGCCAGCGCCCGGGAUUACACGACAAUCUCGGUGAGCCAGGUGGACGACGGGAUCGCCGCGUUCGCGCUCGACCCUUGCCGGGUGGAGCGGCUGGUGCAGCGGAAUCUCGGGCUGGCCAGGACGAAUCUGGCCAUUUUAAAAGAGUUUGUGGACGAGCAUCGCGGCACAUGUGAUUGGGUCGAGCCGCGCGCGGGCACCACGGCGUUUGUGCGGUUCUCGCGGCCGCUCGACGACGACGACGACGAUGAUGGUCGUCGUCGUCGGUCUGCCGUGGACGAUGUGGCGCUGUGCACGAUGCUGCAGCGCGAGAAGGGCGUCAUGUUCGUGCCGGGCAGCAGGUGCUUUGGCGACGAGUUCCGCGGCUAUGUGCGCAUCGGCUAUGUGCAGGAGACGGCGGUGCUGCAGGCGGGAUUGCGCGAGCUGCGGGCGUUCAUGACUGAGAGAUUUGGCAGCGUGCCGGUGGUGUAG